UCUGUACUUUUUAACAACACCCACCUCCUCCCUGAAUGACUCAGCCACUGAGGGAGAAGUCUCGGAUCUCUUCUUCCAGCCAGUCAGAUGGAAGGUGAUUCUGGAAACUUUAGCUACACCUCCGUUUCAGGCACUGCCGACUUUCAACCGACGCGAACGCGUUUCCUCCCGGAGAGAGAUCUAAAACUGGGAAGCAACCGACAACAUGUCAGCUUUUGCCCUGAGAAGAACAUCCCCUUCUGGAAAUGAUACGAAGAAUCCCACUCAUGGAGUCACACUAAAGCCGCAGGGUUUCCACGACAUUAACAAGAGAAGAACUUUCUUGCAGGAUAACAGCUGGAUAAAGAAAAGAUCAGGGGAGGAAAAAGAUGAAAACGCCGGUAGAGUUGUGCUUCACCAUCAUGGCUCAUAUGAUGCCUUAGACAGGACCGGAAAUGAAAGAGAUGAACAGAGAGUGGCGAUAAGUCGGUACAGAUCUGAUGACACCUUAGAUAGGAUUUCAGACAGAAAUGAUUCCGGUAAAGCCAAUAAGGUGGAGGCCAUGGAUAGCCGACUAAACAACAGGAGCAUGUCCACUUUUAAAGCACUGGAAGGAGGGAAGCCGCAGCCUGAGAAGACGUUCAACAGUCCUACCAUCUCCACAAGUGCUCCCGCCGCCAACGCUCGCACGACCGGUGCUCCCCCCGCCAGUGCUCGCACGACCGGCGCGCCCCCCGCCACUGGUCCCACAGCUAGUGCCCGCACCACCAGUGCUCCCACCACCCGCGUUCUUACCGCCCCCAGUGCGGCCGCCGUUACAACCCCAGUGAAGAAAAAGAGGCAGUCUUGGUUUCCACCACCACCCCCGGGUUCCACUGCCCCCUCGAGCACUGUGGAGAGCAAAAGGGAGCCGGCUGCCGUACCACAAGUGCCGCCAAAGCCCGACCCUUCAUUUUCAUCUCCUACACUACCACGGCGCGAUAAUCGGCAGAUCUGCCCUCCUAAACCAGCCGUAUACAGUGAAAGAAGCAGAAGCUCUGAGAGAAACAUAAGCAACCAAGAUCUUGACAGUCUCAUCCAAGUGGAUCCAAAGGCAAAGAGGAGUGACAAUGUAAGUCAAGACCUCAGUGAUCUCAACAAAGUGAAUCCCCAGAAGGACAAAGAUGGCAAAGGAGAUAAGGGAAUUGACAGGCUCAUUAAAGUGAAUGCCAGCCCAGACAAAAGUGAGAAAGGAAACCAAGGUCUUGACAGUCUCAUCAAAGUGGACCCAAAGGCAAAGAGAAACGACCGUGGGAGUCAAGAUCUCGAUAAUCUCAUCAAAGUGAAGCCCCAAGAAGACCAAGAUGGCAAAAGACAUAAAGAUCUUGAUCCUCUCAUUAAAGUGAAUCUCAAGAGUGAUGGAGAUGGCAAAGGGAAACAAGAACUCGACCCUCUCAUCAAAGUUGAUCUUCAAAAGAACAAAGAUGGCAAAGGUGGCCAUGAUUUGGAUGAGCUCAUCAAAGUGAAUCCCAAAGACAAUAAAAUCAGCACUGGGCAAGACCUUGACGGCGUCAUCCAAGUGAAUCCCCGGAUAGGAAAAAAUGACAGCGGCCACAGUCCUGAAGAUGUCAUCAGGGUGACUGUGCCACCUAAGAAAAAUGAUAACGGAGCUCAAGACCUGGACAAUCUUAUCAAAGUGAACCGCACAACAAACCAAAAUGCUACAGGCCCAGGUCUUGAGGAACUCAUCAAAGUCAACCCCCAAGCUAUGAAGAGGACAACCGGCCCAGGUCUUGAGGAACUCAUCAAAGUCAACCCCCAAGCUAUGAAGAGGACAACCGGGUACCAGGAUCCUGGCAGUCUCAUUCAAGUGUCCAACACAAUAACUAAAAAUGAGAAGCGAAGCCAAGACCUGGAUAAUCUCAUUAAAGUGAGCCCUGCAGCCCUCCAAAGUCUUAGCAGAGACCAAGAACUUGACAAUCUCAUUGAAGUGAACGCUAGCCUGUACAAUAAUUCAAAGCGAAGCCAAAGCCUUGAUAAUCUUACUGAAGUCAAGCCCAUUACGGAUCAGACUGGCAAACGGGCCGAGGAAUAUAAUAAAGAACUGAACAGUCGGUCCCGUGGAAACACGGCUUGCUCUUCUGAGACCAGAAGAGAAACCAGCUCUAAUGCUACAACCAGGUGCUCAAGUCCAAAGGACACUGUUGUGUACACAAGAUCAUUUGUGGAGACUAGCAAAUCACCAAAAGUCGGGGCGGAGGAAGGCGGCUCGGGAAGAGCUAUCCAAACGGUCUAUUCAACUUCGGAUUGGUCCAUCGUGGAAAGAGAUAUGUGUACCUACUGCCGAAAACCCCUGGGCAUAGAGACAAAAAUGAUCUUGGGCGACUUACAGAUUUGUUGUCAUUCGACCUGUUUCAAGUGUGAAAUAUGCAAGCACCCGCUCCAAGAUUUGAAAGCCGGAGACAGCAUUUGGAUCUAUAAGCAGACUGUCCAUUGCGACCCUUGCUACUCAAAGGUGAAAGCGAAGUGGAUUCUGUAGGUCCACCUGAGAGAAACCAGGAUGAAGAGCAUUUUGAAGAUUUACUUUAAAAGGGUUUUUUCACAGAAGCUGGAAACUAUCUUGGGCAAAAUUUGCGAUUAUUGUGCUCUGGAUCAAAUAGUCUUAAUUGCAUGUAAUGAUAAACGAAUCACUUGAUGAGCAAUAUUUCACGUAAGGCAAACUUCGCAGGCUUUCCCUUGGAUUCCAACACCGUUGCAAGGUUAUCGGUAAGAUGCUCGGGGAAUCGAGUCAUUGAUCCGGAGCCAAUUGUAGACCGGUGCCUGGCAGUUGUAUUUAUCUCCGGUGAUUUCCUACCGUUUGCGUUUCUCUCAACCCUAGCCUUAGAGAUUCCUGCAUUCGCAUGGUGGAUUACAAUGAAAAGAAAUUUUAUUCAGAUGGUGGAAGUAUGUCUUCGGUGAGAUGUUGGCAAAGGAUCUUGAUAGAUGAUUUUCAAUAAAGAUGCAAAAUAUAAAAUAUGAACGAAGGAAUCGUUCUACCGAGCAUCUGAAGAAGAGCUUUUACUGUUGAAUGUAAUCAACUGAAAUAUGCAAAGAAAUACCUUUUGUGUUCUAGCUUUAUCGUGGAUACACCGUCACAGAAAAUCAGAAACAGAAAGGGAAAUAUUAAGGAGUUAAGGAUGAAGAGACAAAUGUAAUUCUUUGCAUAUAAGAACUCUGUUAUAGUUUUCUUGGCGUGCAUUUCAAAACCCGGGUCAAGCCAUUCACUGAGCAGUAAUAAUAAUGUACGACACGAUCACUUUUCUUGGCAUAUGAAAAUGUAGUCUGAUUAUGGAGCAUUUUAUAUUUGCAAAGGGCUUAUAUAAAUAAAUAAAUGCAAAUGUA